GCACACUGGCCGUUUGACAGCUGUUGUUGUUGCCGAGGCAUUGGUAGCAAUUUACUAGAAUUUAACAAAUUAAGCCACAAACGAUGGCCCAAGUUCCCUUGGCAAUUGUCUCGCACAAGCGCCAGGUGUGCAGCCUGUACAAGCGGGCGCUGCGCAACCUGGAGGCCUGGUACGACCGACGCAAUGAGUUCCGCUACCGCGCCGUGCAGCUGCGUGCCCGCUUCGACGAGAACCGCUGCAAGGAUCUGGGCGAGGGCACCCAAAUCCUGGCCUGCGCACAGAAGGAGCUCUUCGAGACGAAGCAUUUCCAGCCCCGGAACUUUGCCAACAGCGCCGGUGGCUGCGCCUUCGAACGAGAGGUGAUCCCGCCCGACUGGCUGCUGGACUACUGGCAUCCCCUGGAGAAGGCCCAGUACCCCGAGUACUUUGCCAAGCGGGAGCAACGCAAGAAGGAGUACGUGACCUGGUGGGAGAAGCAACACGGCAAGCCGGAUCCCAAGGACCUGGGACACCACUAAUCUUAAAGUACCGUAGUCAAAUCAAAUACAGUCUUUGUCUUUAAAAGUAAAUCUAUUGGAGCUCAGAGUGUGUGCUAUUAUAAUA